GAGCCUUUAGCUUCCGGUAUGUGUAUUUACUGGUGCAAAAUGCUCGGAUAGAGAAAACGGGAAGAGGAGUGUGAUAUAUCUUGUAUCCGGAGAGGACAGAUAUAUCUUAUAUCCAGAGCAGGAGAGAACGGAUAUAUCUUGUAUCCAGAGCAGGAGAGGACAUAUAUAUAUCUUGUAUCCAGAGCAGGAGAGGGCGGAUAUAUCUUGUCUCCAGAGCAGGAGAGAACGGAUAUAUAUCUUGUAUCCAGAGCAGGAGAGGACGGAUAUAUCUUGUUUCCAGAGUAGGAGAGGACGGAUAUAUCUUAUAUCCAGAGCAGGAGAGGACAGAUAUAUAUCUUUUAUCCAGAGCAGGAGAGGACGGAUAUAUCUUGUCUCCAGAGUAGGAGAGGACGGAAAUAUCUUUACCCAGAGUAGGAGAGGAAGGAUAUAUAUAUUGUAUCCAGAAAAGGAAAGGACGGAUAUAUUUUGUAUUCAGAGCAGGAGAGGACAGAUAUAUAUCUUGUAUCCAGAGCAGGAGAGGACGGAUAUAUUUUGUACCCAGAGGUAAACAGGAGAGUUCAAGCCUGAAUAAAUAUCCGUCCGGGGGAAUAGGGAAAACCCAACUUAAAACAGAGAAAAACUGGGAAAGAGGAGCUAGGUGUUUUCCAGCCUGGAUAUUAGCUUGAGUUCUAGACCUGGUUAAAAGCAGUACAGAAAUAUGGACCAAAGGAGUACAUUGAUUAACCAUGGAUUAUAGAAGUACACCAAUGAGCUGGAUAUAAGCAGUACACGCGGAGAAACUGGAUACUAGUAGUACAUGGAAAAAAUAAAUAUUAGCAGUACACGGAGAAAAUAAAUAUUAGCAGUACACGGAAAAAAUAAAUAUUAGCAGUACACGGAGAAAUUAAAUAUUAGCAGUACAUGGAAAAAAUAAAUAUUAGCAGUACACGGAAAAACUAUAUAUUAGCAGUAUACUGGGAAUCUAGAUAUUAGCAGUACACUGAGAAACUUGAUAUUAGCAGUACACUGAGAAACUGGAUAUUAGCAGUACACGGAGAAACUGGAUACUAGCAGUGCAUCAUAGAGCUGGAUAUUAGCAGUACACGGAGAAAUUAAAUAUUAGAAGUGCACUGGGAAUCUAGAUAUUAGCAGUACACUAAGAAACUUGAUAUUGGCAGUACACGGAGAAACUGGAUACUAGCAGUGCACUAAGAAACUGGAUAUUAGCAGUACAUUAUAGAGCUGGAUAUAAGCAGUACACUGCUAUGAGUGAUAAAGUGAAUAGAAAUUCAAAACGUGAACAAAACAGAAUCUUCCAAUAAUAUAGCUUCAGCUUUUGGUUCUUCUAAUCCCUGGUUUAGCUCCGGGUUGGGUUUAGAAGGGUAUCCGGAGAUAGGAAGGAGAAAUGAAGCUGGCAAAAGGAAUCUAUAUAUAGGAUUAGUUAAUAUAGUUCUCCAAUGGCCCUGAUAGAUGGUGAGAAUCGGAUUACCUUAAACGUGGGUGGAGUAAGGUUUGAAACGUAUAAACAGACAUUAAAGAAGAUUCCAGCUACACGACUUUCAAGGCUGACUGAAGCACUGGCCAACUAUGACCCUGUCCUCAACGAAUUCUUUUUUGAUCGACAUCCAGGGGUCUUCGCGCAGAUACUUAAUUAUUACAGAACUGGAAAGCUGCAUUAUCCUACAGAUGUUUGCGGACCACUGUAUGAAGAGGAACUGGAGUUCUGGGGUCUAGACUCAAACCAGGUUGAACCCUGCUGUUGGAUGACCUACACAACCCAUAGAGAUACACAGGCAACCCUAGCAAUCCUUGACAAGCUGGAUAUAGAGACGGAUAAACCUACAGAGGAGGAGAUUGCCAAGAAGUUUGGAUUUGAAGAGAGUUAUCAUAGUGGACAAAUCACAAGGUGGGAGAGAACCAAACCAAAGAUAUGGUCCUUGUUUGACGAACCUCACUCAUCCCAUUGGGCUAAAGUUGUCUCCUUAACUUCAGUUUUCUUCAUUGUGAUCUCAAUCCUCUCUUUCUGCCUGAAGACUCAUCCCAACUUCAGAGUACCAGUCAUCAGGAAUAUAACAGUGAGCGAUCACAGAAAUUUCACGUAUUGGACUCUAGACAAAGCUCAAACCUAUCCACACGAAGCUUUCUUCUUUGUCGAGCUGGUCUGCAACAUCUGGUUCACAUUCGAGCUCAUUAUUCGAUUCAUCGUCACCCCGACAGUCAAGGUGUUCCUCGAGUCGCCUCUCAACUGGAUCGACUUUGUUGCUACCCUGAGUUUUCACAGCGACAUGCUUCUCCAGUAUUAUUUUAGUGAUAUUGAAAACGCGGACAUCUUGGAAUUCUUUUCUAUAAUUAGAAUUCUUCGUUUAUUUAAAUUAACCAGACAUUCUCCGGGACUAAAAAUUCUUAUACAUACUUUCAAAGCAAGUUCUAAAGAACUAACGCUUCUUGUGUUCUUUCUAGUGCUGGGGAUGGUGAUUUUUGCAAGUUUAGUUUACUACGCUGAAAGACUUCAUACAAACCCUAAAAAUGAUUUUAAAAGUAUCCCCGAAGGAUUAUGGUGGGCUGUGGUAACUAUGACGACGGUAGGAUACGGAGAUAUGGUCCCUAAAACAUACGCUGGACUACUAGUUGGUAGUCUCUGUGCUCUAUCCGGUGUGCUAGUUAUAGCUCUUCCUGUUCCGGUCAUAGUCUCAAACUUUUCAAUGUUUUAUAGUCAUACCCAGGCUAGGAUGAAACUUCCUAAAAAGCGACGACGAGUAGUCGCGGUUCAACAGCCACGUCGACAACAACGACAACCCCAUAACCAACGACGACAUGACACCUUUGACACAGGCUUUCAUCGACGAGCUAACGUCAUUAAACACCACAGUAACCAUAACAACAACAACAAAGCUCUUGAAAACAAUGGAUUACAAGUUCAUCCUCCUCCUCCACCUCUACCCAACCAUCUUGAAGGUUUGGUUCAAGGAGCUAAUCCGUGUCCUAUAACAGCAGCUUCCUGCACCACAACAGCUCCGAUAGGAAACCAGGAGCUUCCUAAAAUACUUCAGAGUACUCCUGGCAAGGUUGAAGGAGGAACGGUUCCGUUGUGCUCUGGUAAGCGUGGAUCUAGAGCAAGUAUAUUUGGAGGUCUCACCCCUCGUCAACCUUCUAUAGAUGAACCUUAUAGACCUUCAUAUGUACAGAAUACACCUAAUGUCACAUUAUACAGUGUCCAGGCCUAAGUUAACUGCUAAUUGUAUAUUGAUAUUCAAAAAACAUGAAACAUGCUAAUAGACAAAAACAUUGUAGUAAUGUUUUAUGUAUUAUACAGUUAUGGAAACUUUUUAAUGUGGAUAUCGAGAUCAAUGCUUGAUCUUGCUCUUUUGUUAAUCUUCAGAUUAAUUAAAUUUUCAUUCAAUCGUACCCUGAUGGCAUAACGGAAAUGAAAAGAUCAAGCAUUGAACCUCAAAUGAAAUGUGCCCGCAGUGGAUAUCGAGAUCAAGGAAUCGGUAUCAUGGUUAUACAAGGCAAAAUCUCCCAACUCUUGUAUACCUCGACGGAUAAUUCUAUAAUCACAUCUUUCUUAAAUAACUUACUUAACAAUAGUUAUGAUUAAACUAAUUCUAAUGCAUCGUGAAGGCUAAGUUGUUCAACUUCUCUUGAACUUGAACCGGUGCACACCUAGUCUAUGUAGUUCAGCUACCACAUGUUCAUUAAAUCUGUGCCCUGUAAAAACUUUCUUAACGAAUUGUUAAUUAGUUUAUGUGACCCUUUAUAUAAGUUAAACCAUCAUUAUCAACGAUUUGACACAGCAAACUUUAAACAUAUGUUUCGUGAAGAAUUUUAUAAUUUCCUCUCUCUUUCUUCUGGAACUGAAUAAUUCCUCAAGUUGGUUUUGAAUGGUUAAUUAUUCUCAACACGUUGAGGAAAGAUUCCGUAAGGCCUUUACGAGUCAAAAUUGAACCGGAAGAAAUUUGAAACCCUGAUGAGAAGCCAUCGCAGAUUAAUACAAUUAUUUAAAUAGAAAAAAAAAAUCAUACAGUAGAUACCUUGAUAAAGGGAAUUCUUUAAAAACUGGGAAUUUUGGUAAUAUAUUUCCUUUCUGACUACAAACCUCCCUCAAGGUUAUAUUUAUCGAUUUUAAUCAUUUUUAAAAUUGUUGAAAAUUUUCUCAAAUUCAAUUCUGGGAACGUUUAGAAUAUCAAACAUUUCUUAAAAGAACUGUCAUCUGCGUAAUUAAAAGUGACCCUCCAUGCAAGGAUAACAAUGCCCAAUUUGCGACGGAAUCCUUAAAACUUUAAUCUCAUCAAAAAUAAAGAAGAUAUGUUUAUUUAGCAAAAAACGCGCAAGUCACUUUUGCAGAUAAUCCGCGAAUGAAAAUAAACAGUUUAACAGGGCAAAUCGGGCAUGGCCAUCUUUGCAUUGAAGGUCACUUACAAUCACGCUAAAAGGAAUACAAAUCUGUUAUUGCAAACAAGAAAAACUAAUUAUGUUUAGCUAUUUUCAUUCACAGUUGAAAAAAUGAUGAAAACCUCGUCUUGCAUCGCUGAAUCAAGACGUAUUACUGAAAUAGCCAAACAUCUUUAUAUUCUAAGACUUGACAGGAACUAAAAACUGUCAAAUUGAACCAACUUUGAAUAUUUAUUUUAUAAAUCCCCUUAAAUCUUUUUUUCAACAUACGAGGGUCAACCUAUUUUUCAAGCUAGCAGGUACUUAAACAAAGCUAUUUUACAAGCUAGCAUGUACUUAAACAAAGCUAUUUUACAAGCUAGCAUGUACUUAAACAAAGCUAUUUUAGUUUUCAUUUUAAAGUUUGGAAAUUUGUAUGUUUUUAAAAUUGUCAGAUUUAAAAUUGAGAAAAUUUUAGAAAAUUUACUUAAGUCUAAUUUAUCAAUAUGUUUAAUAUUUAGUUUGACCCCGAAAAAUAUCUGAACUAUGCUGGACUUUCACAAACAAAUUGUUAAAACUGACAGUAACUUUAAUUUAUAAUUAAUAUUAUGCUGUUUUUAUGAUGAAACUAAUUUUUUCAGACCUCAUUUUAUAAAUGAAGAUAGAAAAAGUUAUUUUUAUGUUUUAUCUCGUUACUCUUAAAAUUACCGAAAAAAUG